CGGACUCAACUUGUUUUGAAGCACUCGCACUUGAGUCUUGCUGUGAUAGUAGGUAGGUAUGUAUUUAGCUGGAACCCCCAGCACGCUGCACAACGGUUGAAGGAGCAGAUGUUUGUUUGAGUACUCACAGCUCUCAAGAUUUGUUGCAUUCCCUACCGUAUCCAUACCUACCGUACCUACCUGUCACCUCAAAGCACCUACCAAAAGAAGUCUCAAUCAUGGAGAUAGUACUCGUCUGGCUCAGGACGGCACUUAUUGCUGUCUUGACUCUGCUCAAGUUCUUGGCUACACUCCCAUACCAACGUCUCUACAUCUAUAACACAGUUCGGCCGGCCCAAGAGAUCGAGGAAGUUGCCAACCUGGAUACUGAAGUAGCAGAAAACCGAAAGGCGCAAUUGGCCGCCAUUGCGGCGUGGCGGACGGGGAAAAGGGACGAGUUAUCCUUUGUGGCAGUCGCGGCCGCUGUCAUGACAGCCAUCAUCACGGGAUCCUUUUCUUGGGACAUUGUCAAGACUUCGCACUGGACCGGUCGUGCGUUCUGGUAUACAUCGCUUUCACUGUGUAUCUCGGGCAUCUUUCUCGCAUCGCAGCAACUAUCGCUGCUGUCGCUCAUCCACCAGCAGAAGAAGGAUUUGGACGUUGUUGAAAAGUGCGACGACGCACAGACGGCAAAGGUGGUGAUACGACGACAUCUGGAGCAAAUCCUCACGACGCAAAAGCGGCGCUAUAAUAAGCCUCAUCUUCCUGCAGCAGCAGCAGAUGUUGAAGGCGGACCAAGCAACGGAGCAGAAGCAGAAGCGGGGACGGCACCUGAAGAAGACUCGCGGCGGCAUCAUUGGGUGUUGAGCUCGCGAAGAACGUUUGUGUGGCAAUGCUCCAUCAUGCUCAUUGCAUACUCGACCGUGUUUUACCUGGCCGGGCUGUCUGUUGUCGUGUGCACACCGGUUUUUGAAAAGGGGGAAUCAGAUUGGGAAUGGGAUGCGGAUUCCAAGGUGGCGGUGACGUACCUGGUCUCUUUGGGCAUCUCGGUUUUCUUGUUUGGCUUCUGUUCCUACGGGGCGUAUGACUAUAUCUAUGAGUAUGACGAUGCCAGCCGAUCGUUUGUGCAGGAGCUCGCACGGCGUCUAAGCAUUCUUGCAAAGGGGAAAGAUCCUAUGAAGAAAAGAUCAGCUUUGGUAUCCAACCAAGAUGGGCACAGGUACAGUUCGGUUGGGACGGAUUCGCGUGAAUGCUAGUGGAGGAUC